AUGGAAGGCAACUAUUAGCUCUUGGGACUUCACUCCCAAGUAAAGAUGAGAUGAGAGAAGAAUGGAGGUGUGACAGCUGAUGGUGCCGAGAAAAAGCAGCACGUGGAAACCUGAGCUCAAUAUUUAAAACCUGUGGAUAGAGAGUGAAAGAGCGGAGUGUGUAAACAACCACAGACCUGGAAUAAUGAGGACUGAUGCCCUUGGCCAUGACGCACCCCCUACUGCUGUCUGCCCAGGCGCAGCCUGCGUGACGAGCCACCCCUGCUCCAGCUGUUUCAUGUCACCGUUCCCUUUACUAACAGUUUGAUGGGGCAUCGGGCGGAUGACAGCGGGAACGGUCGUGAUCACUGGCGGAAUCCUAGCUACGGUGAUCCUCCUCUGCAUCAUCGCCGUCCUAUGCUACUGUAGGCUCCAGUAUUACUGCUGCCCCUGCGGGGUGGUGGGGAGCCACUGCACCGCGUGCUCCCCCUACAGCUCCCCCUUCUACAUACGGACGGCUGACAUGGUGCCCAAUGGGGGUGGAGGCGAGAGGCUCUUUGCUCCCACCUAUUACAAAGAGGGGGGCCCUCCAUCGCUCAAACUGGCAGCUCCCCAGAGUUACCCGGUGACCUGGCCAGGCUCUGGGCGUGAGACCUUCACCAGUCCAAGGGCUAUUAGUACAGACGUGUAACCCCUCCCACCCCUGCCCUGCACACACACCAAUGCUGCUGCCCAGCGAGCAAUGGGGACAGUGGGUGACCCCCAACGGCCCCAUGGGACCACCCUGGUUUCUUUGGCUUUUCUGGCUCCACAGCGGAGGGUUUGUAUGUUCUCAAGCUAUGGAGUUCAUCGAGGGUGGGGCAGGCCUGGUUCCUACCCAGUCUGUGGAGGGAAGGCCAGGGGCCGGUAGGAUGGGUUUGCAGCUUGCCAGCUCCUCUGUGGGAAUGGUUUCGGCAGCCCCAGCACCGCCACACCCCUUCAGCACCUGGAAUGUUGGACUGAGGAGCACCAGGGAGGUGAAGCGACCAUGCUGAGGAAGGGGACAAAGGGCAAGGAGGAGGUGAGAACUAACACAGUGCAGAAAAUUCGAGAAGAGAGGGGAAGGUACGCUGAGGGUAUGCCCUCUUCCCACCUACUCUGGGGCUUGCUGCCAAAACGCAUCCUAGAGCUCGCUCACGGUCUCGUUCCGGACUUGAGUUGUCACAGACACUGCCGUCACCGCAGCUGUCCCAGCAGGGACACUGAUUUCUAGUCACACCCCCUCUGCAUCUGCCCCCUCCUCAUGGAAUGCAUCGGCGCUGUCAAGCCGUGGUGUAAGGUUACGUGUGAGAGCUGUACCAAAGAGUGCGUGUCUAGCCUGCGUCCCCAGAUCCUCCCUCUGCCCUGGGGAGCCAGCCGCCCCUGCUGGAGAGGCUCUCCCGAGUUUCACUACUAGGGUUCUUUCUGGCAGCUCAGCAGACAGGGCCUCACCGCUGUCUCUGGCCCAGGCCCACGUGCCGAGCAGCCUGCUCGGGUGCAUUCCCAUUCCCGGGUGUGCGCGUGCCCGUGCGUGCACACACGCUCCUGGCACCACAGCAGACUUUGCCGCCUUCAGGAGCUGCAGGGUGGACCGACCUCAGGUGGACCAGCUAGAAAGAAAAGCCUGACCCCCGGAGAGCAUGAAUGGAAAGUGCCCGUUAGGGCGGCUGGUCCCCGCGGCCCCCAGCUGCUGGUGUAUAGGAAGAGCCCAGAGUCUCAGGCGGGCAUGGGGAGGACGGUGAGCCUAAACUCCAGGGACCUGCCAUUCUCCUUGGACAUCUGCCUUUGAUGCUAUAGAGCAGGACCCUUGCUCCGGUUCCCGAGGACUGGAGGGCUGUGACAACUGAAUUCCACACUUGCAGCCCUCCCUCUGCCACCCUACUCUCGUCUCCUGGUGACAGCCAUGCAUUGCCAAGUUGGCCAAGUCCAACCCCUCUUCCUGCUCUGACUCAGCAGCCACCUAGGCCUUCCGAGUCGGUGUGCCUGAUGAGUCUCCCAGUUGUCUGUCUAAGGGCAGGGCUCACCACCCCAACUCCGGGCCUCCGACUGCUGCAGAUGGGGUGGGGGGGCAGCCCUUCUGCUGAAAUCUUGGUUUUGCAUUUGACAAAGGGCAAGGUGAGGCCGAGGGAGUGUGUGGGGUAGGGGGGAGGCACACCUUUUGUGUCACUCUGGGCACUUGUCACCUUGCAUCUGUCUGGAAUUAAAGCACUCUGGGUGGAGGAGCAGAAGACCUGGGCUCUGGUCACAUUUGGUCGGUAGCCCUAGGACCAGCCACUUGUCUUCACUGAGACUCCGUAUCUCAGAUGGCCUCUGGGGGCCUUCAGUGCUCCAUGCUCCCUGAGGGGGGCUUUUUGGAAAGAUCUGCCACCUGGUCCCACCCUGAGGGCUUUCUGACUGGGGCUGGAGUACUACUCGCCAGCUCCCGACUUGCCAGCUCCCGACUCGCCAGCUCCCCAGCCUGUGUGCAGGGGCGCUUGUCGAGGCCUCACGGGCCGCGAUAAACAGCUCGCCGGCAACACCACUGUAAUUGUCUGCGAACAACACGUUUGCUGCCCCUCCUCCCACGUGACCUCACAUGGCAACACCUCUCUUGUACAAGGAAGCAUCUGGAAGUGGGGUCCUGACAGCUGUCUCCCAGGGCAGAGGGGGCAGCUGAGGACAGUAGACUGGACACCCCGCAACCCACCGCCAGCCUCACCCACCCAGGUGCAACCUCUUGUGGCGCUGCUGGGCCAGGCAGCCCUCCCAAUUCCUGACCACCAGCCCCAGUGCCUUGCUCCCCUGGAACUGCACAGCUAAGCAGCCACGGCAGACGUGUCCCGCCUCGCCUUGGGAAACAUCCAGGCUCCCCAUUAACUAUCGUCUGCUUCUUGCUCCUGAUCUAUUGGGGUCCCUAAGUACAGACAUCCUGUGCAACCUCAUCUCCUACAGUUUUCCAAGCCCAAAUCCUGCCAGCCGAUAGUCAAAAUCUGGGUUCGGGGCUUUGGAGAGAAGGUGGGC